AUGUCCGCAGACACUGUUGGAAAGGCCGCUGUUGCCUGGGAAGCCGGCAAGGACCUCUCGGUUGAGGAGAUUGAGGUCCUCCCCCCCAGAGCACACGAAGUCCGUAUCCAGAUCUACUACACUGGUGUCUGCCAUACCGAUGCCUACACACUUUCUGGCAAGGACCCUGAGGGUGCCUUCCCCAUUGUCCUUGGACACGAGGGUGCUGGUUACGUCGAGUCAGUUGGAGAGGGCGUCACCAAUGUGAAGCCCGGUGACCACGUCGUCGCUCUAUACACUCCAGAAUGCAAGGAGUGCAAGUUCUGCAAAUCCGGAAAGACCAACCUAUGCGGUAAGAUUCGCGCCACACAAGGAAAGGGUGUCAUGCCCGACGGCACAUCGCGCUUCAGGUGCAAAGGCAAGGACCUUCUCCACUUCAUGGGCACUUCCACUUUCUCGCAAUACACCGUCGUAGCAGACAUCUCAGUCGUCGCUAUCACCGAGAACGCACCCAUGGAUCGCACUUGCUUGCUCGGCUGCGGUAUCACCACCGGUUACGGAGCUGCCGUCAUUACUGCCGGAAAGGGUGGUGUUGAGGCAGGCUCAAAUAUUGCCGUCUUCGGUGCUGGCUGUGUCGGUCUAUCAGUCAUCCAAGGAGCCGCCAAGAACAAGGCUGGCAAGAUCAUUGUAGUCGAUGUCAACGACGCCAAGGAGGAGUGGGCAAAGAAGUUUGGCGCAACCGACUUUGUCAACCCUACCAAGCUCGGCAAGCAGAGCAUUCAGGAGAAGCUCAUUGAGAUGACCGAUGGCGGCUGCGACUACACAUUCGACUGCACAGGCAACGUCAAUGUCAUGCGCGCCGCUCUCGAGGCCUGCCACAAGGGUUGGGGAGAGUCCAUCAUCAUUGGUGUCGCAGCUGCUGGCCAAGAGAUCUCCACUCGCCCGUUCCAGCUCGUUACUGGCCGUGUCUGGAAAGGAUGCGCUUUCGGUGGUGUCAAGGGCCGCACCCAACUCCCCGGCCUCGUGUCCGACUACAUGAAGGGCGACCUCAAGGUCGACGAAUUCAUCACUCACCGACAGCCACUCGACAAGAUCAACCAGGCCUUUGGUGACAUGAAGGCUGGCGACUGCAUUCGCUGCGUCGUCAACAUGCGCGAAUAACUACACUCGGGCCCCCAAGACCAAAGUGCGAAAGCCAGACUCUAGUAUUUUGAGCGAUUUCUUACUUUCCUUGGUUCUACUCCCAUACACGGUGCACGGCUGGAGAUUAGAGCGUUGGUGCAUGACGAGGUGUUUGUAGGGGUGAUGGGCAUGAGUCGGCGUUGAUGUGGUCCUGGAUGUUACUUUGGCUUGGGUUUCGAUGUGUGUAUCUACUUUAAAAAGUGCAAUCAACUACAACUGAAA